AUGGCGGUGCGCCAGCCGCGCGUCGUGCAGGGCCUGAUGCAUGUGCGCGCGCUCAAGGCCGUCGCCACCUACGGCAUGACCCUCGUUCUCACCGAGAAGGUCGACGAGCACUCGUCGGUCGUAUCGGCCGCGUUGACCGCCUCGCCGGUCCCGCCGCUCGUGCUCCCGGCCUCGCUUUCCGAGCCGGCCCUCCUCCACGCGCGCGGUCGGAUCGGCGGCCGCGGCGGGCCACUGCUCAAAGAGCCCAAGAAGAUGAAGAAGAGGAAGAUCAAGAAGGAGCAGCUCAUCCAGCGGCACAUCCUGCACCACGCCGCACCCAACCUGAGCUCGCUCCGCUUCGCCAGCAAGGAGCGGCAGCAGGCCUCGAUCGCCCUGCGCGACAAGCUCAUGAAGCGGCCGUCGCGCGACGAACUCAUCCGCCGACGCAUCAUUCGACCCAUCGCACCGUCGACGUCGACAACAACCACGACAAUGUCGACACCGACGGCCACAGCAGCCACUUCGCUGAAGCCUGGUGGUCAGCAGCAGCAACAGCGGGUCGUGACCAUGCUGACGUCAUCAUCGCCUGCAGCGUCAACGCCCGGCCUCCGCAAGAGCGGGACAGCAGCGAUCGACACGCCGCCGACCCACGCCGCCGCCGCCAGCAAGAAGUCGCAGGCCCAGCAGGCCAAGUCCUCGAAGCAAGCCCAGGCGCAGAAGCAGAAGCAGAUCCUGCUGCCGAUCGACAACAGCAGCCGGCACCACGAGUACCACGGUGAGCAGCUGAGCGACCUCGACCGCCAGGAGAAGAAGAAGAACAACCGCCACAAGUGGUUCCACGGCUACGUGCCCUACGUCAAGAAGCGCGAAGACGAGGACGUCAACGACGUGCCCUACUACUCGCUGGCCUCGUCGUCGGGCCUCGGCGCGUCGGGCGGCGCCGGCAAGAAGAAGACACCGCGGCGGCGCAAAAAGAACCGGCGGCGGUGCGAGUCGAUGGUGCAACUGCCGCCUGAGCUGCUCCUGGCCUUUGCCGAAGAGGACUACGACGACGAUCUCGACCGCCGGCGCCGCGUCCAGCGCGAGCUCUACACGCUCGCCGCGGCCAAGGAGAGCGAGAGCGUCGAAGUGGUCGACAUCAGCGACGCGCACGGCGGCAGCGGCGGUGGCGUCGGCGGCGGAUUGAGCGUGGCCGGCGUCGGCGGGCUGCUAGGGACGUCGCCCGGUUUGGGGUUCGAGCCGCACUCGCCCACGCUGGACCGGUGGGAGGAGAUGCAGGUGGCGCUCGGCGACCGGGAGACCGUCACGUCGACCCCGCGCCGCCGGCCGCGCGGGCAGCUCGUGAAGAAGAACAAGAGCGAGCGCGAGAUUUCGUUCCACCAGCGGUCCACCACCGACAUCGACGUUCCCCCGCAACCGCCCAUGCAACAGUUGCCUGGCAACAAUCUCAAGCAGUCGCACCUGCUGCACCCGCACCACGGCGGCGCGGCGGCCCAAGCGGGUGCGAGCACCGGCAAGGGCGCGGGGGCGCUGCACGUCAGCUCGGGGCGGGUCAAGCGGCACGCGCGGAGUCACAGCCGAGACUCAAAGUCGAGCGAGGCCCUGCGGCACUACCACGGUCACGGCCACAACGCGGCCGCGCAGCAGCCGCCGAAGCCGCAUGGUAGGGAAGACGAGUAUGAGCCGGAGGAGAGCCCCGAAGAGGAGGAGGAGAGUUCGUACGACGAGGAGGAGGAAGAGGCCGAGAGCCACAUCUUCGGCGCCUGGAUGGGCCGACGAAGCGGAAGCCACGCCAGGCGAAAAGGGAAAGGCAGCAACAUCCUCAAGCAGCGGAGCGAUGACUCGUGGAAGUGGAAGGCUUCAUCUUGA